AUGACGAAGCAGCGGCAACCGCGGAUUUGGAUUGCUGUGCUGAGCACUCUUGUGGCUGUGAAGCUGUGCAGCUUCAGUGCGUUUGUCAGUGCGCUUGUCACUGCGAACCAACACAGAAAUGUGGUGCGGAGACCACUGGUGGGUUUGCAUCAAGCUGACAGUUCAGAGAGUGCAAUGGUUGACACGAUUUGGUCCAAAACGGAUCAGUCCGCGUCGGUUCCGGGAAGGGAAGCAAACCAAACUCGGCAAAGAAAGUGGCGAGAAAAACAGGACCAGAAUGGACACAUUUUCGUUUCCAACGACUUUCGUGCAAAACGUAUAGCAACUAGGAUCAAGAAGCGGAUGCAGUUGACUGGACGCGUGGUUUUGCGUACCAUUGGAGCUCGUCCGACGAACGAGGUGCUGAAGGCAAUUUCGCGGGCCAAUGAGAUGCUUCAAGGAAGCGACCUGAAAGGUGAACAGGUCCUCGGAGCAGUGCCAUACUUCAAGGAGAUAAGAAGUGUCGGCAGUGAUGGGGAGGAUGAAGUUUCUAAUGUCCUCUUCUUCGAGUGCAUGCUUCUACCGCGGCCAAGGUUAGAAGAUGUGACUGUGGAUGAAAAGCAGGUCCUGGCCACAGGCGUCAAGGAAAAAAUUUCAAAGAUGGCUGCGGCUGUGAAGAGCCGCCUCAGGGAAAAUGCAGUUGCCGUGGUUUUGGGCCGUGGCGCGGGCCAACUCCACCUGGCUGUUAAGGCCAUAUUGCUGGCUGGACGCUUCCUGCGCGAAGAUGAGGGCGAGAGUGGGGAGAAGCUCAAGGUUCCUGCCAUCGCCUUGAUGCCGGCCAUGCAGGAGUUUGCCCCCAGGCAUGUCAAGUCGAGCAAGCACAAGAAGAGGGGCGAGGAUGAUGAAGUUUCAAUUGGGAUGAGGCUGGAGUGUGUUGACGUCAGAGAUCGGUGGGAUCCAUCUGCUAGUGAGGGGGUUGAAGACUCCGGCACUGAGCCUAACAAGGUCACGGCACCUUGGGAAGAAGCCUGA